GGAGCGCGCCAGCCAACCAAGAGAAGUGGAACAAACACAUGGUUUAGAAAGCCUAGGUGGGACAAGAGACGCACUGUGAUUGGCUUAGUGGUUGGUGUUGUGACGGUGAAAGCCAAUCAGCAGGCUGGAGAAGAUCACGGGACAGUCUCUCUUCUCAGUCCUCGUCACUUGAGCCGCUGACGUCACUUGGGAAGGACGCACGCACCUCUCUCUCCUGCCAACUCCCUAAAACUCUUUCCAAACCUUCCAAAAUGAGUACUGCUAACGAGAACCCGAUAUACUCCCCCUUCUUCGGCGUGAUGGGCGCCGCCUCCGCCAUCAUCUUCAGCUCGCUGGGGGCCGCCUACGGGACGGCCAAGUCCGGCGUGGGCAUUGCGGCCAUGUCCGUGAUGCGGCCGGAGCUCAUCAUGAAGUGCAUCAUCCCCGUGGUCAUGGCUGGUAUCAUCGCCAUCUACGGCCUGGUGGUGGCGGUGCUGCUGGCUGGCAAGCUGGAUGCGGCUGAUGCUGGCUACUCCCUCUACUACGGCUUUGUCCACCUGGGUGCUGGCCUGUCCGUGGGUCUGUCUGGUCUGGCCGCUGGGUUCGCCAUCGGAAUUGUGGGUGACGCCGGAGUGAGAGGAACCGCCCAGCAGCCUCGUCUCUUCGUGGGCAUGAUCCUUAUCCUUAUCUUUGCUGAGGUGCUGGGUCUGUACGGCCUCAUUGUGGCCAUCUACCUCUACACCAAGACCUCCUCGUAAGUAGCGAGGCCAGCCAGGGUGCCUCCUUCCCUCCUGAGGCCCCUGCUCCCUCUCCAGAAGCAACCACACACAUACACACAGACAGAUACACACACGUACACGCACACACAAGCCAGCCAGCCAGCCAGCAAGAUCAGUCUGGCGGCUCGUUUAUUUUGGCCGAGUGAAGACGUGAGCCUCUCCCUGCCCCUCCUUGUCCAUUCCCCCACGUGACGUCAGUUAUUGAUGUGAAUAUUUUACCGUUAUAAAUAACAUAUACAUAGAUAUAUAUAUACAUAUAUAUAUAUUUAACCAUUCGUGGUGUGUGGAGAGAGAGACCAUCGCAUAAUUUUCUGGGGCCUUUCUUUGCCGAGCCAGAACGCGGCUAACCUGUGUAUGUAUAAAUGUAUAAAUUGUGAUGCUACCUUCUCUCUCCUUCCUCUCCUUUUUUCCUUUUCCCUUCCCCACUCCCAUGUCCAAAUCUUCCUUAUAACCUCCUCCUGUUGCCACUGCUGCCGCUGCUGCUGCUCUAGUUUGCCGCGAAUCAAACAGCCCAUUGAGGCCCCUUUCCCCCACGCCCUGCCCUGAUGUUUGUAUCUCAUUUCAAGGCUGUUAAGUUGUCUUCCUGUGUGUGGCGAAGUGGGCCGGUAACCUCCCAUGACAUUUUGAGCAAUCCUCCACCAUAACUCCUCGGGGUGACAGAUCCUGCCACCCUGGUUAGGUCUUGGGUGUAUUUUUUCAAUGGGGCAAAUGUACAUUAAACAAACAGACAGGUAAUGUAAUCAGCGCAAAGAUGGAAUGCACAAAAAGUCCUGAUCCCCUCUCCCAGCAGCUCCUCCUCCCCCCAGCCCCACAGUGAUCAUCGGCAGGAAUUUGUGGGGGUGGCUGGCGCACACACCCACAGGGAACUUCAUGGUUGUGUCACGCAUGUUUUAGCCCCACACGGACUCUGGGAAAGCCUUAGACCAGCUGGCAGUACAUAGAAUGGGGCAUGUUCUGUAUUACCUGCGUGUAUGCGUGCCUGAAACAUACACGCUUGUACGUAUAUCCUGGUACACAGUUUAUCUAAAGACACUACAACUCCAUCUGCAAGUUAUAUGAUUUAGAAUUUCUAGUGCAGAACAAGCCAGCUGUCCUUAAGUGAUUCUUAGCGAACAAGUGUUUACUACAUGGGUAUCUUGAUAGUGUUGCUAUAGACCCACAGAGGGUGUGUAGGAAAGGUUAGGGAGAGAGAGUGGUGAUGAUAAUGAUAGUGAUAAUGUGUGGCAGAGAUCCACCCACUGGCCCUUUGCUGGAGUAUCAUAGAAAGGCAUCAGUGGUCUUUAUUUAUUAGUGUGUGGUCCUGCCUGGCCUGCUGCAGCCUUGGCACACCACCUCCACCACCACUACCACCAUGCAGGCAGGCAGGCCGGCCAGACUAGCCAUUUGUGAUGAUUGUUGGUGAUUCAGUAGUUAUAUUUAGCGGGAGGUCUGCAACCACCUUGUAUAUUUUAUCCCUAAUCAUAUAUAUUUUUUCUCCUUUAGUUAGGUAUAGGAUACUGUUGGGAAUAAAAAUGAAUUACCGCAGCUGAAACUUAGGAAAAUUUAACAUUCCGUGUGUAUGUGGCACGUGUGUGGCCCCUGGUGCAUGGCGUGUCAUGCUGUGCGUCACAUCAUACCUUUGGCAAGUCACAGCUCAGUCCUCUGGGCUGUGUGUUGCCAGAGGAAUGACGUGACCAGUGGGGGACACUCCCACACCGGAGGUGACACAGCGUGCAGUGUGCUGUGCUUUCCAUCUCCCUGUCCUGUGGAUGGCCCUGGUUGUCAAUUGUUAUAAGGUGUGUGCUCUGUAUAAAUGGUAUUGAAUAUGUAAUGGUAUAUUGUUAAUAAUAAAGUUGUACUCGGUAA